GUACACCAAGCUGUUUUUUUUCUCUUUUUUGCUUUAAUAAUGAGCCAUCUUAAUACUCAAAGCACUCAUUUUUGCAAACUCAUCUAUUUAUUUUAUAAUUGGUCAAGAAAUCUUAAUUUCUCUAAACACAUUUCGAGCUCCAACAUAAUUUUAGCAAAACAACUUGAACAUUAGUGCUUCAAUUGCAACACUUGUCUCACCUGUUUUUUUUUUUUUUUUUAAAUUUUUUAUAUUAUUUUUCAUAAAUGAUUUAAAGAGUCACGUCGUCAUGUUCAUUCUAACAUUUCAAUCUAUUUAUCUAAUUUUGAUUGAGUAUAAAAGUUAAGAAUAUAAAUAAAUUUUUUAAAUUUUAUAAUUUUAAAUUAAAGAUAUAUAGAAUAUGUAAAAAAAUAAUUACGAUAUUAAAUAUGUUAAAGUGAAAAGUUUGAAAUUUAAAAAAGUGGAAAAAAAGAAAUAGACGUCAUUAUUCUGGGUAAAAACAAGUAGUAGUAUACUAAAAACCUUUAACCAAAAAAAAAAAAAAAACUAAAAACCAAAGUAAUAGCAGCAAGGAGAUUGAAAGGGAUCCGAUCCAUCCGGGGACAAUUAGCAGAAAGAUUGUUAAUUAAGUUUGCUUUAAUUAUCUAUCAAGUGGUUAAUUGAAUCUCCAGUUGCUGUGUUGGGCGGACAUACGGGACUGGAUCUCGCAUCUUCAUUUUAGGCUUAGUGGAAGGCAAAACUGAUUAAGAGAGGAAAAUUCAGAUAUGUCGGCACUUUUCAAUUUCCACUCCUUUCUGACCGUAGUGCUGUUAGGAAUUUGUACGUGCACUUAUGUGAAGAUGCAUUUUCCUGCACUUCUUGAACACAGAACUGGGUUUCGAGGUUUCUUUUGGAAGGCUGCUAGAAUCGGCGAACGGUUGAGUCCUUGGGUGGCAGUGGGCUGCUUGACGAUGGGCGUUUCAAUAAUCUUCUUCUGAAUAACUAACUGUCUGUAACUAAAGAAAGCUCAGCUGGGGGUAAAUUAGCAGUUGAAUUUGUUUUUCAUCAAAUGAUGACACCGACACUGCUUUCCUGGAUCACUACCUGAUCCUGAACUUAGUUUUAGCGCGUAAGAUUUCUGGAUUGCGAUAAGGCUGGCCACUCCUGUUGUAUCUUUUUCAGUACUCGUUAUUUUAUUGGAUGUAGUAAUAGCUUUGUCUACCAGGUGGAAGUUUCAAGAAGUCUGAUGCUGUCUAUACUUUUUUAAGUAUCACAUGUCCCAUCAUUGAGUUGUUUAAGUAUCCACAGGACAGAAAAAAUAAUGAAUGAAGAACAGAACAACUGGCUGAAUAAUUGAGUUGAAAAUAUUGUCUAGUCAA